GAAAGGGACCUUGGCGUGUGGUCGUUCUACUCUGCGCUCUCGAGGUGGAGCGAUUUAUUGAUGUUGUUCUGGGAUUUCUCCUUCAAGAAACUCCCCCCUCCCCCCGCUGCGCUAGGACGGACUGGACAGUUGGUGACAUGUGAUACGAAGUGAAAAACGGCAUUUCUCCGAGGGUUUCAAACAAAGCAAAAAUAAGAAUUUUAAAAACGUUUCACUAGUGUCUCUGAUCGUGAAGAAAGUUGGCCUGAUAUGGAACACUACGUUUGCAGUGAGUUCUUAACUUUCAUCCAGACUGGGCAAGGCUUUCGACGAGUAAAGUCGUCAGAGGACGGGACAUCCCGUCUGGGCAGCUACGACAUCCAAACUUAAUCUGCUGGAAGCCCAAACGUUUUUACUGGACCAUUGAGUUCUACUCACACAGCCGACAUGUCUUGCUUCAUGACGAAGUAUUAUCGGCAGCGGUGGAGAGAUCCCCGACUGGUAUUUAUAUCUAUAAUUUUUGUAAUUGCUUACUUAGCUUAUCUACAGAACUACCAAAGAAAAAGCUCUUGUGGAUAUAAUAAACCCCUAGUUGAUUCUAGUGAACAGUUGAUGAGUUUUGUUAGACUAUCUUCUAGACAUUUAUUGGUGAAUGUUAACAAUAGUACAAGUAAUGCCAGCAGAGAGGAUGAUAAUGAAGACGCUCCCCAAGCCCAAUUUCCAGAAGAUCUUUUCACUCCAAAGCAAAGACGCCAUGGAGCUGUGGCUCUUCACGUGUUAGGUCUCAUUUAUAUGUUCGUUGCCCUUGCAAUUGUUUGUGAUGAGUUCUUUGUUCCAGCCUUGGAUGUGAUUACAGUGAAACUGGAUAUUUCGGAAGAUGUGGCCGGGGCAACUUUCAUGGCAGCUGGAGGCAGUGCUCCAGAACUUUUCACAAGUGUCAUUGGCGUUUUCAUCUCUUAUGACGACGUGGGCAUCGGAACCAUUGUGGGAUCUGCUGUCUUCAACAUCUUGUUCGUGAUCUCGAUGUGUGCCAUCUUCAGUAAAACUGUCCUCAGCCUCACGUGGUGGCCCCUCUUCAGGGAUGUCACUUUUUAUUCCGUCAGCCUGGUGAUCCUCAUCGUCUGUUUCAAGGACAACAUCAUCUAUUGGUACGAAGCGACUGUGCUGCUUGCGUGUUACAUCGCGUACGUCACCUUCAUGAAAUACAACGAGACCACCGAGAAAGCUGUCCGAAAACUCCUAGACCGGAACAAGUUCACCAGAGUCGGCAGCAAAGACCACUUGGUACCUAACAUGAAGAAGAGACGGGCCAGCACUCCUAUUUUACACGCGGGAAGCAAAUUCCGGCAUGGCCUCCUGCAGCUCAUGAUACAUUCCAUCGACCCGCUGCAUGACGGCAAGCUAGACGAAAAGGCUUCACAGCUGCAUGCCAUUGCCUCCCUGCGAGUACUUCUGGACGCUGCCAAGGCCAACGGGGGCUACCCAAGUGGUCCUCCAGCGGGGGCUUGCUGUUCCUCUUGUUCCCAGUGCCCCCAGUGCGUCACGUGUCCCACGUGCCAGAGGCCCCUCCGGCCCCCGCAGCAGGCCGCAGCACAGCCCAGCGACCCCUCCAACCCGGUCACUCUCAACUCUUACAUAGUGACUGCCAGUGAGGUCAGGCCUGCGCUCUACCCGGCCACCAGCGUUACUGGUUCUGGAACCAAGCGACAGGUGGCGCCACAGGGGCAGGACCCGCUGACAAAUGUCCAGAAUUUGCAGUCUUCGGCCAUCAUGAGCCCCUUGGCUAAUGGUUCUGCGAGUGAGAGAGUCGAAAAGGAGCAUCAAGAGACAUCAUUCUGCACCAACAAUUGCCGGUCACCAGUCAAGGGCCAUCCUAACACGACCACCAUAAGCACCAUCAUGACUGAGAGUCCCAGCGUCGCCGUCAUCCAGCCUGGCGUCGGACCGGCCUGCACAAAUCCUUCAGGAGAUAUCCAGGACGCCGUCGCUGCACUCCAAGCUAAACCGGAACCCGAAAUCGAGGUUGACGAACCCUUGGACAUCUCCUGGCCAACGUCCAACAAGAAGCGCAUCACUUAUGUCCUCAUGGCUCCCAUCAUCUUCCCGCUCUGGCUGACGCUGCCGGAUGUUCGAAGAGAUGAGAAGAAGAAAUGGUUUUUUGUCACAUUUCUUGGAAGUAUUAUUUGGAUUGCUUUUUUCUCUUACUUAAUGGUAUGGUGGGCAACAGUUGUGGGACAAACUAUAGGUAUUCCCAAUGAGGUGAUGGGUUUAACAUUUUUGGCUGCAGGUACAAGUAUUCCUGACCUCAUCACUAGUGUCCUAGUAGCUAGAAAAGGAUUCGGAGACAUGGCAGUCUCCAGUUCCAUCGGCAGCAACAUAUUUGAUGUCACAGUCGGGCUUCCUCUUCCGUGGCUUCUUUCUGCCCUCAUAUUCGGACCUGUGAAAGUCAGCAGUUCCGGCAUGGCAUGUUCUGUCGUGAUCCUCUUCCUGAUGUUGCUGUUCGUCAUAAUCUCCAUAGCCGUCUUCAAAUGGAAGAUGAACGUGGGCCUGGCGCUGGUCAUGUUCCUGCUGUAUUUUGCGUUCGUCGCCAUGAGUCUGCUCCUGGAGUACAACAUCAUCGACUGUGAAGUCAUCAUGAAGUUCGUCGGUGCCCAUUGAAGGAUGAUUCUUCAGUCGAUGUACUGUCGAUUUCCUCAGCAGUUCUUUUGUGUUUCCAUCGUUUAGCCCGUUAAGCUAUCAUUGAAUCUCCAAAGCUAAUUUAGCAGCAUUUCAGAAAUGGAAGAUUCUUCAAACAUAACGUUAGUUUUACGAAAGUAUGAUUUCAUGGAAGAUCUAUGGCUUCCUUUUCUGUUGGAAAAUUGCGUUUCAUUUUUAAACGAAAUGUAUAAACGUUCCAUGAAAAGAAAGAGUCGUAUAUAGUUAGAAUAUGAUUGAAAGCUCUAGAUUUGUUUUGAAGCUUUUUAUAGAAGAAAAUCCGAUUCUAAAUCUGUUUUUAAGGUACGGGGGAGGGGGGUAUUAAGCAUGCUUCUCUGCUGUUCAAGACGCAUACAAAAAAUUAGAAAUUCAUCAGUGUAUAAUUAUUUUAGCUUUCAAAGUUUUUCAUCAUACACUAUUAAUUAUUCUUUAAAAAGUGACUGUGAUUUGGCUGUGUCGAUAUUUAAAGAAACCAAUAUGCGAUACUGAGUUUGUUAAAAAGAAAGUGAGAAAGUAAAUUAAAUAUUAUCACUUUCACUGUUGACUUUUGAAAAGGAUCAAUUGUUAGGAAAGGAAAUAUUUUCUUUUCAGAGUUCAACGUCUUACUUCUGAGAGCCGCGUGUCGGGAAACGAUUUUAGAUAAUAUCAGUUUUAAAAUUUAUAGCAUAUAAUAUGAUGUAGACUUAUAUUUUUAUAUAUGUACAUUAGAUAGAACUUCAUAAAUUGACCAUGGGCUUUCAUAGGAAUUGAAAAGAUAAACUACUGAAGAAUGUUUUGAAAUUAGCAUUCCUGGGACAAAUUAAUCAAGAAACCACCUAGUCGCAUUCCAAAGAGUCCUUUCCGAUUGCUCUAAAAAUUAUGAAACUUAAAAAAAAUUUUAAUGUUUGCACUGGAAAAACGAAAAGCUGUUCUACUUCUGUCCUCUGAAAUGCUCACAUUUUAAAGCGAUGGAACCGUAUCCUUCUGUCGUUUUGGCCUGAAACUUCACGGAAAAUGGUCGUUAAGAUAAAGCUACGCCAUUUUGGUUUUGAAAGUUUAACUGUCGUAUUACAAACGCAUUUUACUCAUCUUUAUGCUUUUCAAUACACUUCUCAUCUAAAAAUUUGUAUUAAAUUAAGACUUUAGGAUUUUUAAUAUAUGCAUACUAUGCUUGGACCUCUGAAUGGAAAUGUCAUGAAUGCUGUUGGAUUGCGUGCAAGAAUAUUUUACGCAAUAGCAUCACAGAAAAUUAUUUUCAGAAAGAUUUCUGGCGGAAUCUUUGCCAGAUUAACUGCAGCUGUAUUUCGCUAAAAAGGAAGUAUGUGCCUAAUCCAGGAAGGAAGAGUAAAAAAAGAAAGGACCAAUCUUUUUUUACCACGAAGAGUGUUACGUGUAUUUCAAUGUCUUCGAACGAAUCAGAGAUGUUAAUUUUCAUGCAUUUACUGAAAAUUAUUUACAUAUAUUCCAGCUCUCAAGUUAUAUCUUUUGUACAUAAGAACAGUAUUUAAAUAUUUAUGCUAGAUUAUGGUUUAUCAUAUUGCUUAAUCCAGAAUAACAUGGUGAUAUGUCAGAUUCAAGUUAAUUUCCUGCCGUAUUGAGUGUAUCAAGCACUUGUAUCUUCCAUAAACUUUUCAAGUGCGAAAAUUAUUAAAAUACUUAUCAGUUAUCAUCUGUAGAAUAGUUACCUUUGCGAUGACAGUAUUAUGCUUUUUCUGGCCAGUGACAUUUAAAUAUCUUGAUUUUGAACGCUGUUUAUUUUAAAAUUUGAAAUACCAUAACAAAUAUUUAACUUUUAUUUCAAUGUUACUAGUAUUGACAUAGUGCUCAUAUUGAAUGAAGCAAAAUAGAAAUGAAAUGUUGAUUGUUUUAUUAAAAAUAGAAUUACGAGUAAAGGUUUGAGCGUUCAUUUUGUAAUGCAAGUUCCAUGCAUGGUUUUUACUUUAAUAAAACUUAACAUGUAAAUUUUAUGAAAUCAAACGCGUAUUGAAAUUCUAUUUUAAUAAUAAUUACUCAACGUGCCGUUAUUACUUCAUUAGAUGUUAAUGACUGUCAUGAUUUGAAAUUUUAAACAUUCUCUCCUGAGACUUUUCUUUUUUCAGUUUUUUUUUUCUUUUGGAAAAUUUCAGGAUAUUCAUAUGCUUAAAUAAUAAAUCAAACAGUACAAUCAUAUGCUUAAUCAUGACAAAUAAAUUAAUUAAUUUUAAUCAUGACAAAUAUGUAAACUUUACUUUGGUGUCACGGAAAACAAACAAUAUUUUACCUCAUAUUUUUAGAAAUCAUCACAAAUUAUUAAUGUGGGCCUAUUCCUGCAAAUAUUGAAAUUGCUAUUGAAAUUCAAAGAUAUGUAUUUUUAAAAAUAAAAUUAAAAUUUUGUAAUAAUUUAGAAGCUGUAUUGAAUAAAGCGCAUGAUAACCUAAAAAUAUAACGAUAUUUUUUAUUUUGUUGUUUAAAACGUAAUACAAUACAUCAAUAGUAUUUAUGUACUGUCAAAUACUUCAUGCUUACCAAAGAUAUUUUAAAAUAUCAUUGUUACUCGUGUCCAAGGCUGAUAAAUAUAAAAACUAGAAAUUACAUAUUAGUAAGAGUUUUGAACAAUAGCACAUUUUUCAAAAUUUUCUAUAAUACACAGUAAAACAAUAAGUAAAGUAAUAAAGGUAAAUAUAUAAAUGUUAUAAACAUGCUUAUUUAAAAUGUAUUAGGUGUCUAAAAAAAGAUUUGGACAAUCAGUUAAAUAUUCGAGGGAUAUACAAUCUAGUUAGGCUACAAAUAUCUAUGCAAUUUCUGGUGAUACAAAUACAAAAGUUAAAAAAAACCUUUAAUUUAAAUGUUAUCGCGUACGAAAAUGCUUUGAUCCAUUUUCAAAAAAUUUUUGAAUUGAUAAAACAUAGAACAAGAGGAUACGAAGUACACUGAAAUACAAGUAGUGGUUUCUUUUUUCCCCUUUAAGGUUCAAAAGCGAUAACUACGUAUGACUUAUGACACAACAAACUUACAAACUUUUUUUAAAAAAACUCAGAACCAAUCUCAUAAAAGAGGCACAUAAAAAUAUAAAAAUUUGCGGCUGUAGCUUUUUUACUUUUGCAAAUCUAAAUAAUUAAAAAAAAAGCAGUUCUCUGACAAAAGAUGCUUCCAUCAGAAAUCCUUUAGUUUAAAGAAUACUAUAUUACGCAAGACGUAGAUAUGUCACAGAGCAAUUGCGGAUCAACUGAAAACGGAAACAGAGCACUUUAUUUUGUAAUAGACAUGAUUAGCGAGAACGCACGAGCAGCAAAACUUGACCGCUUGAGUAUCCUCUCUGAUCUUACCUAUUACAAAAUGAAGAGGUUUAUUUUCGCUUCGAGUUCAUCCACUAACUCUCCGUGGUCAAACCUUACCAAUCAUUUUUUUAUUUCUACUCAUCAACACCUUUUUCGAAAGCAAAAUAAACUUCAAACGCGCAAUCAUUACUCAAUUGCUUUGAACAGAACUAUGCACUGCUAUGGAACAAUUUGUAAAUACUUUUUCCGACCCCCGGAUAAUCAUUUUGACUUUAAAUGGCAUAAAUUAAAGCUAUUUAUUCGCCUGCUUAAUUUAAACUACGUUGAAUCUUGAUUUCUUUGCAUUUUGUUUUGUAUGUUGAAUCUUGAUACCUAAAUUUGUGAAAUAAGAGUAUUCAGCUCUAACUUCGUUACGAUUAUUUACUAGCUUUUAUUUUACAUUAGUUUUUCAUGUUGUAUGGUCUUUAAAACUAUGUCUUUCGGAUUUUUUGAGUUUUAAAUGAUAAAGGCAAUUUUUAUUUGAAGCUUGGAAACAUCAUUUGAACUUACGUUACAGCAUUGAAGUAAUAAAGUUAUCAAUGUCCUAUAAUAUAUAUAACCUCAGUAAAAAAAUAAUAAACCGUUGGAUUCUUAGAGCAGGAAUUAGUAACUAGAGGAUGAGUGGCUAAAGAGCCCAAGUCACAUGGUUCAACGACGAAGAAUGGCAGACAUGUUUUACGUGAAAACAGAGAAAGAAACCUGAUUUCUUCCAACUUUUUACUGUAAAAUAUAUCGCGUGACUUGAGAUUCUUGCUUUAAAAAUUAGAGACUUCACUCUCCCUACUUUUUAUAUCUUCUCAAUGGCCGAAUCUGGUUUAGAACUUUAAUAUUUAAAUGACAGGAAUGUGUAAAUAAAUAUAAAAUACUCAGCGCUAAAAAGGAAAAAUAAUUAUCUUUUUGUGCGCAAAGAACCAAAAACUUUCAUUUUAAAUGUUCAUAUAAUUCGAAAAAAUAGUUUACGUGGUUUCUUUACCUUUUAGCUUAAAAAAUAAGUUUUUGACAUGACAGGACAGCACAGCAGUAACGGAAAAUAAGAGGAUUUUUUAAAUUAUAAAUGCGUUAGACGCGCGCCGUAAAAAGUAACCGCAUUGUAAGUUCAGGUUUGUACGUAGAGCAUUUUUCUAAUUUGCAAAGAUCGUGUAGGAAAAUCGUGCUAGCUCGACAAGCAAAUAUCAUAUUUUAACUAAAUUCAUAUCACAUUUACCUACAUAUGAUUGAUGUUAGCAUUGCUGAAAUGUCUGGUUAAGUAUAUUUCCGUCUUAUCAGUUCAUAUUUUUAAAAUAUUUAAGUGUUUUCGGUGUAUUUUAUACUUCAUAUUGUGAAACUUAUCUAGAUUACAGCCACCUAGAUACUUCUGAUGUGAGUGUGUAUUAAGCAGUGUUACUGUUUGGACAUAAAUAUCGCAACCAACGCUAUACAUUUUAAGUUUUAAACCUUCACACUCGAUUGUUUGAU